UCCCAUCCCACACCGAUCCCAUCCCACACCGAUCCCAUCCCACGCCGAUCACAUCACCCACAUCGAUCGUCUGCCAUGUCGCUCCUGCUUCGCCAGCUCCAGUCACCGAGACCCCUGCCGUUGCCGCUCAGCCGCCUCCAUCCGCGAUGGGCAAUCCAAACCCGCAACUACGAGCUCCCCGUCAGUUCGCUCAAGAAGCGGGCCGUCAUCAAGCACAAGGGCAAGCUGUGGGUCGUCUCCAGUUUUGCACAUCGGCACCAGGGCCGCCAGGGCUCGCAUUUCAACCUGGAUCUCGUCGACAUCAAGUCCGGGGCCAAGCUCUCGGAACGCUUCAACUCGGGCACGGUCCUCGAGGGCGUUGAUCUGGAGAAGCGCCAGCUGCAGUAUCUCUACACCCUUGACGACCAGAUCCAUCUGAUGCACCCUGAGACCUUUGAGGAGACGGCGAUUGCGGUCGAUCUGCUUGACGGCGGUGCCAAGGCCGUGCCCUUCCUGCAAGAUGGCAUGAUGAUCCGCGUCGACCUCCACGAAGGCGUCCCUGUUCAGGUCGAGGCUCCCGAUCGCGGCAACUACCUGAUCCAGUUCACGGCCCCGCCCCCGAGUUCGUCCACCAACGAGAGCAGCAAGGGCACCGCCAGCAAGUAUGCCACCCUCGACAACGGCGUCGAGAUCCUGGUGCCGGACUUUAUCGAGCCUGGAGAUUCCGUCACCGUCCAUAUUGCCGAGCAACGCUAUCUCGGCCGUGCGGCAAAGAAGUAGAGAAGCCAUCUCAUCUCGCCCCUCCUCUCUUCAUGGCUGAUCUCGGGACGAUGCCCCUCUCCCCUCUCUCUUUGUCAUCACUAUCAUCUUCUUGCCUCCACCCUCGCCUUGAUAUGCUCAAAAUAGCGAUCGGCCCUCGUAUUUUUCCUCAAAUGGACGGCCUGGUUGAUGACUCGCUUGCACAUCUUGCUUACACAUCUUGCUUGCACAUCUCGUGGACAGUGCGCUGUUGCUUGCUGUGGAGAUCGAGUCGCUUGAAUCGCCGUCGCCUGGGUGAUGUCUUUCGCUUGUGGGGAGCCAUCUGA